UGUGGCUGUGUGCAUUGAUUAUUAUUGUGCUCUGUUGAACACGUCCAUUUAUCGCAAAAUAACCGCAAAGUUUGCCAAAUAACGGCGCUAUCUAUGCAUGCCCAUAGCAGAAAGAGCCAGCCACCAUGAGAGUGAUAACCAACAUUCGCUUUGGACGUUUGGUUUGUUUCCUUUCCAUCCUUUUAGUGUCUCUUUUUUUGUUUUUGUUGAGUCACUUCACAUUUCACAAAACAACGGCAAGCCUUGCAAAUAGUAUUUCUGGUUCGUUUCACCACUGGUUCCAAAAAGCCGUUUUUGAUCACAACUGGGAGGAUAUACACUGCAGAAGGAGGUUUAAAAAUGAGACUCAUGUAGACGAAUUUUGGAUCAAGAAAAUUGGCGAGCAAUUGAAUAUCAAAGAUGGCCAGUCCAUAUUUGAUGGAAACACCGGCUGUAAUGAAUGGCUGAGGGCUCUGAGAAAAGAGUAUCCUAAAUUAAGGAUCGGAGGUUCUCACCCAGACCAAUAUGCCGUAGAGUACGCUCAGAGAAUCUUCAACGACACUCCUAACACAUUUGGUGUUUUAUCCAAAGAGAACGGGAAAAUAUCAUUUGUCGAUUCACAAAAGUAUGAUCAUGCCAUAAACUAUGCCGGACUUAGAGAUCUUGGAAGCAAGGAAAUUCAGUGUAAUCUUGUAAGAGAACUUCUUAGAAUUGUUAAACCUGGAGGUUCCAUCUACUUAGGCCACAAUAUGGAGGAAACUGAAUGUAAAGUUAUGGAGAAAUACCAGAACUAUGUUACUCUUCCUGGCUGUUACUGGUCACAGUGCUUGAAAGGUCGCACAGAUAUUUCAGAGAUCUACUAUAUCAAGGAAAGCGACUUGUAUGGGGACAACUCUAACAUUGACAGCUGCUAUACUGCUGUUUUUAUUCACAAGAAUUUGAUGGUAAGCAGAGGCAAGGACAGCCCAAAUGGAUAUCAAGCGAAGUACGUACCACAUCCAAAGAAAUAUGAGUGCAUUCCAGGCAAGACUACAAACAAAGAUGUUGCUACAAAAGUUAAUGCAGAGAAACUAAUAUCAAAUGUUGUUCAUCCAAAAAAUUUGAUGAAUUCAAUAAAGAAAUACCAAGAGCUGAGCAAGAAAAGGGGCAAUGUUAGUCUGAGCACCCUUGGAAUUGGUGUCAACUAAUCCUAGAUUAUCUUGAGAAUAAUAAUUGUUAUUGGUAUCUCUACAUUUUUGGAAAAUUUCUGAGUGAUCAAGAUUCUACUUGAUGUAAAUUACAGUGUAAGAAGAACAGCAAAGUGUGCACAGUGUUAAAUUCCAAGGAUAUUUAAAGUGUUGGAAUUAAUUGUAAAGGGGCUAUUUCCUCAGUCAUAUCAGUUAGCCCCUUCAAGUUUUUUGCUCAAUCUUUUGUCCUGUUUAUCAUGUAAUAAAGUUUUAAGAUAUUUACUUCUA